AUAAUAAAAAAAAGGCUGGCGGGCAUAAUUAAGAAGAGAAAGAGAAGAGGGCAUUCCUGAAAGAGCUCGUGACCACAGGAAUGAUCGCUUAACAUAGAAUCAUCUUGUGUGGAAGGAAGAGAUUAAGCAGACGAUCGAGCUGUAGUAGAAUGUCUUAGCUAAUUGGGGACAAAAAAGGAGGAGGAGGAAGCAGCAAAGGAAGGGAGGAAGGGAGGGAGGAAGGAUCGAUCAUGCCGCCGCCCGGUCCGGUGGUGCCGCUGCUGCUGCUGCUCGUCGCCGCAGGGAUAGCGGGGGUAGCGUCUGGCGAGGAGAAAGAGGUCCAGGAGGAGGAGAGCUUCCACCUUCCCAUCACGCCACCCGUGGUGCCGGAGUCGGCAGACGAGCGGCGGGAGCAUUUCCGCGCGCUGCAGGACAAGGACCAGAUGCGGCACCGGCGGGUGCUGCGCCAGGUGCCGGCGCUCAUGUCCAACACCUCCACCUUCGAGCUGCCGAUGCGCAGCGCCCUCAACAUCGCCAAAGUGGGCGUCUACCUCGUCGUCGUCCGCAUCGGCACCCCUGCGCUGCCCUACAGCCUCGCCCUCGACACCGCCAACGAGGUCACCUGGAUCAACUGCCGCCUGCGCCGCCGCAGGGGCAAGCAUCCGGGGCGUCCCCACGUGCCCCCGGCCGCCACCACCAUGUCCCUCGACGAAGGCGGCAACGGGCGGCCGCCGGUGAAGGUGAUCAAGAACUGGUACCGCCCGGCGCUCUCGUCGUCGUGGCGCCGUUUCCGCUGCUCGCAGGAGGCAUGCGCCAAUCUGCCCUACAACACCUGCCGGGGCAGCAACCAGAACACCUCCUGCACCUACUUCCAGCGAGUGCAGGACGGCACCAUAUCCAGCGGCAUCUACGGCCAGGAGAAGGCCACCGUCGCCGUCUCCGACGGCACCAUGGCCAAGUUGCCUGGCCUCGUCCUCGGCUGCUCCACCUUCGAGAAGGGCGACGCCGUCGACUCCCACGAUGGCAUCCUCUCCCUCGGCAACAGCGACGCCUCCUUCGGCGUCACGGCGGCGAGGCGCUUCGCUGCGCGCUUCUCCUUCUGUCUCCUCGCCACCGCCAGCGGCCGCAACGCCUCCAGCUACCUCACCUUCGGCCGCAACCCGGCCGUCCACGGGCCGGGCACCAUGGAGACCCCCAUGGUGUACAGCGCUGUCAACGUUGCCUACGGCUUCCGCGUCACGGCCGUCCUCGUCGGCGGCCAGCCUCUGGACGUGCCCCCGGAGGUGUGGGACGACAGGCAAGGCGGCGUAAUCCUCGACACAGGCACGUCCAUCACGUGCCUCGUGCCAGCGGUAUACGACCCGCUCACGGCGGUGCUCAACAGCCACCUGGCGCACCUGCCAACGGCCCACGUAGAUGGAUUCACCGACUGCUACCAGUGGUCCUUCGCCGGCGACGGGGUGGAUCCGGCGCACAACGUCACCAUACCAAGUUUCGCCAUCGUCACGGAGAGCGGCGCGAGGCUGGAGCCGGACGCCAAGAGCAUCGUCAUUCCGGAGGUGUUGCCGGGGGUUGCCUGCCUGGGCUUCCGCCGGAUAGACCAAGGCCCCAUGAUCAUCGGCAACGUGCUCAUGCAGGAGCACAUCUGGGAGAUCGACCACUUGGCCGGAACGGUCAGGUUCAGGAAGGACAGCUGCCUCAACCAUCAUCAGCUCAACAAGAACGCCUCUUCUUCUCCGGCCGCCCACCGCGCCACCUGACGCACUGCACUGCACUGCACUCACUCCAUCUAUCUACACCACUGAUCGAUUAACUAACUGUAACUAACUAUAUAAAGCUCGCUCGGUCGCUCUACUAUGUAUGUACUCUAUACAACAACAAACCACUCCCUUGCCUGUAAUUUUACUAUUUUCCCACUUGCCUCUAUUGCUUGUUCUUCUAUGUAAUUCUAAUUUCCAAAUAUUCAAGAGGCGGAAGCCCAGGCAGGCAAAAUGAUCUUU